AUGUUCCUCAUGUACACCUCAGCCUCGGGGAACAAUGUCACACUAUCGCCACGCCUUGGGCAAGGCCAUGUUAUGCCCCAAUUCGACUCCGGUGCCCAGGUGACGCUCCUUGAGGGCUCCGGCGUGUCGAACGGGAUGAUGACCGCCAAUGUCCGGUGCUCGAACUGUGAUUCAUGGAAAGGGGGAUCCAUGGACCUCACCGACGACAAUGGCGACUUCAUCUGGGCAUACCAAUCCGGUCGCGCGAUGAACACCGACGAUCAAUCGGCCGGCAUCACGCAGCAUGCCUCCGAGGGACGUUUCGAGCUCGACUUCGCCCAAGCGCGGGGUGGCAACACGGCGAAUCCUUUCCUGGAUAGCACCGACGAGUUGCCGUAUUGCGAUGAGGGAAGUACCAGCGGUACCGAGAGCAAUGGGGCUUUGGGUCCUGGGGUGUCGGGUUUCGCGGGCCUUAACUUCCUGAUGCAGCGAAACAUCUUGAUCGCCCAUGGGGUGCUAGGAUGCCUUGCUUUUGGUGUCCUGUUCCCGGUUGGUGCCAUCAUUAUCCGGAUCCUAAGCUUCCCGGGGCUUAUCUGGCUGCAUGCGGGGCUUCAGGUACUUACCUGGUUGGUGUUCGUGGCUUGUUUUGGCCUUGGGAUAUACAUGGCGACCACUGGCCCUGUCAACAUGUUGGACAAAUACCAUCCUAUCAUCGGCAUCGUCCUAUUCGUCCUCCUUUUCUUCCAACCGAUUCUCGGAAUGGUCCACCACACCAUGUUCAAGAAAUACGGCACCCGCACUGCCUGGUCCCACGGUCAUCUCUGGAACGGCCGCAUCAUCAUUACCCUGGGCAUCAUCAAUGGCGGCCUGGGCUUCAUGCUUGCCGGCAACACGCAGGCCGGAUACAUCAUCUUCGCCAUCGUCGCGGGGAUCAUGUGGGUGCUGUAUGUCAUCGCCGCCGUCCUGGGCGAGCGAAAGAGGGCGAGGAAGGCGCCGCCGAAAUAUGAGGACCGAAGCCCGCCUGGCCCGCGACGUCCGAGCCACUCGCGACACCCGCAAGAAGGGGCUGCCUUGUGCCAAAUUUUCGAUAGUAUCUUCCUCGACGUGGCUAUGUCGAAGGUCCGAUUCAACGUCAACACCGAAUAUGCGUACAUACAGAACUUCAAAGUCCUGCAAAAUGCGUUCACACGGCAUCACAUCGAGAAGAUCGUCCCUGUCGAGGCCCUCGUCAAAUGCAAGAUGCAAGACAACCUCGAAUUCCUCCAAUGGGCGAAGCGAUACUGGGACCAAUACUACCCCGGCGGCGAAUACGACGCCCUCGCCCGCCGCAAAGGCUCCGGCGCUCCCGCCGCCACCGCCAGCUCCGCCCGCGCGCCCGCCACCGGCGCACGACGGGCGGCCCCCGGCGCAGCCCCGCGAACCCGCACGCCCCAGGGCGGCGGGGCGCCGAGCGCGGCGCUAGUGAUGGAGAACAACCAGCUGAAGGAGACAGUGGCGGGGCUAGAGCGGGAGCGUGACUUCUACUUCAGCAAGCUGCGGGACAUCGAGCUGCUGAUCCAGACGGAGAUGGAGACGCAUCCAGAGCUGGAGGAGGUGGAGGACGGGAUCCUGAAACAGAUACAGAACAUUCUGUACUCGACUGAGGAUGGGUUUGAGAUCCCGCAGGAGGAAGGCGAGGUGCAGGAGGAGGAGACGUUCUGA